AUGGCAGUGCAUCAGUGGACAGUGGCGCUCUUUGUGGCUGUCGCCCUCGUGGCGGGGCCAGCCAUGUCGUACGCUGUCGAAACCAGCAAUGCCCUGGCCGGGGCACAACCAAAGGCCACGACCGAGGAGCAGCAGCUAAUUGAGAAGGCCAAUAUCGCCUUCAAGGCGGCUGUGGCGGCCGCAGCCGUGGUCGCUCCAGCGGACAAGUACAAGACAUUCCAGGCCACCUUCAGCCUGAACUUUGGCUGGUCUAUCGGAGGGAUCACCGGCACGUUCAACUUCCAAGCCACUUUCACCACCAGGAUCGCCUUUGCUCAAUUGUCAGCCUACCACUUCGCCAAGGGCGCUACCCCGGAGGCCAAGUACGAAGCCUUCGUGGCCAUCCUAAGCGAGUCGCUCCGCAUCAUCGCCGGCAUCCUCGAGGUCCACGCCGUCAAGCCCGCCGGCGAGGAAGUCAAGGGGGCGAUCCCUGCCGAUGAGCUGAAGGCCAUCGACCAGAUCGACGCUGCCUUUAGGACUGCAGCCGCCGCCGCCGACGCUGCCCCGCUCAAGGACAAGUUCGCCGUCUUCAAGUCCGCCUUCAACAAGGCCAUCAAGGAAACUACAGGCGGUGCAUACGAGGGCUAUAAAUUCGUCCCCGACCUCGUGUCCAGCAUCAAGAAGAUCUACGGCAUCACUGUUCCCAAGACGCCCAAGGACAAGCUCUUGGCCUUUGAGUCCGCCCUGAGCAAGACCAUCCUCGCCAUGGCAGCUGCCGCCACCGCCCCUUCCACUCCCACUGCCGCCACUGCCACAGCAACCGCCACUCCCACUCCCGAAAUAUGAAAAGACUUGUCUUCUCUUAUUUAAGAGAUUAUCUCUUAGAACAAUAUGUCUCACCAUGUU